AUGUUCCGCUUUCGGCGCUACCGCGUCCUUCUCAUCUGCGCCGCCGUCAUCACGGUUCUUCUCUACCAAGUCUCCAAGAACUCCCAGUGGGAUCGCCCUGAGCGUCUCUGGUCUGGUAGGAAGGACUUUCACCGUCACCAUAACCAUGAUGAAGACCACAAACGCCCGCCUCCUCCCCCUCCACCCCCUCCCCCACCGCCAGAUCCCAAGCCCAAGUCCAGGCCAGGCCACCACAAUAUCAGGCCGCCACCAGAGGAGCGCCCUCCGCCUGUCCACCACGACAGCCAUGACCGCGAUGGGCCUAGCCCGGACAGUUCUAACGAACCCGAGGUGAAGGAGGAACCUGUAAUCAAACUUCCCGAGCUGAAGACAGCCGAUGAGGUCAGGGGAGGCUACGGCCUGCCCACCAACGUGCCCGCCCCGGCCACCGUACCCGACAGGAAGCCGCCGUCUCAGCAAGGUUUGUACCAGGAUGAGACCGACAAUGUCCGCCCUGGUUACCCGCCAACAGAGUCAACUGGCCACCUGGCCCCCACUAGCACCACUGUGCACUGGCAGAAGCCUUCCGAGUGGUUCCCUGUGCCCGAGGAGUCACUCAUCAUGCUGCCCACCGGCAAGCCCAACCCUAUUCCUUCGAUCCAGUUCGCCUUUGGGAAGGAGUCGCCUGAAGCCCAGGAGAAGCGCGAGUUGCGAUUGGCCAAGGUCAGGGCGGAAGCCCAACGCGCCUGGUUCGGCUACAAGACGUACGCCUGGACUCAUGACGAGUUAACCCCCGUCACGAAGAGGUCCAAAGAUCCCUUCUGCGGCUGGGCCGCCACACUGGUCGACGCUCUAGACACGCUCUGGAUCAUGGGCCUGAACGACGAGUUUGACGAGGCUGUCGAGGCGGUCAAGGAGAUCGAUUUUGGCACCACUCCGUACCGGUCUGACAUUCCGGUAUUCGAGACCAUCAUCCGGUACCUGGGCGGCCUGCUUGCGGCCUAUGACGUGACGGGAGGGCACAAAGGCAAAUAUCCCGCCCUGCUGGAAAAGGCUGUUGAGCUCGCCGAAAUCCUCAUGAGCGUCUUUGACACGCCAAAUCGAAUGCCCAUCUUGUACUACAACUGGAAGCCCGAGUUCAACACGGAGCCCAAACGUGCCGCGGACGUGAGCGUGGCAGAAAUUGGCUCCAUGAGCAUGGAGUUUACUCGCCUCGCCCAGUUGACUGGCAAAAACAAGUACUACGACGCCAUUGCGCGCAUCACCGAUGCGCUCGAAGACCUCCAGAACCGGCCAAACGGCACGGCAAUUCCGGGUAUCUUCCCCGAGCGCCUGGACGCAUCUGGCUGUAAUCGCACUGCUCCUUCGCCGUCAACGGCAAGCGACCGAGGUAAUACCUUCACGGAGAAACGAGCCAAUGAUGCUCCAAACGCGCCUGUCAAGUCCGAGUCACGCAGCAAUGAACUGUCCUCCGACGUUGACACAAAAACUUUGGGGAAUGCUGAACCUGAGCUCAAGUCAGUUGACAGCCUAGGCACAGGAACAGAGGUUGGGGGUAAUGUAACGCUCCAUAACGGACUUGGAAAGCGAGACGGACCCCCUACCACAGCCCCAGAGCCUUUUAGGGCCAGGAAUGUACCGAAACAUCUUGACUGCGUUCCACAGGGGCUGACAGGUGGCGGCUGGGGAGGCGGGGGCUCGUACAGCAUGGGUGGCAGCCAAGACUCGGCAUACGAGUACUUCCCGAAGCAGUAUCUCCUCCUGGGCGGGCUGGAACCCAAGUAUCGCACCAUGCACGAAAAGGUGGUAGACGCGGUAAAGAACUAUCUCCUCUACCGCCCAAUGGCAAAGGACGACCCCGACAUCCUGUUCUCGGCCAAGGCUUUUAGUCCUGACGGGACCGCCGACAGACUGACUUACGAGUGGGAGGUAACCCAUCUGACCUGCUUCCUGGGAGGCAUGUUUGGCCUUGGUGGCAAGAUUUUCGAACGGCCCGAGGACGUCGAGGUCGCCAAGAGGCUGACCGAUGGGUGCGUCUGGGCGUACGAUGUGAUGCCCACGGGCAUUAUGCCCGAGACCGCAGCAGUCAUACCCUGCGUGAGACCCGAUGACUGCCACUGGAACCAGACGGCCUGGCACGAGCGACUGGAUCCCGAGGCGGACCACAGAGAGUCGCUGAUGGAAGACUACUACACCAGAAAAGCGGCGUGGAAGAAGGAGGUGGAGGAAUUGAAGGAAAAGGAAGCCCGCCGGAAGCAGGCCGAAGAGCAGAAGCGCCUCCAGAAACGAGAUGCUAUGGCCGAACUGGAUACUCCAGGCGGGCCCGCCGAUGAUUUAUGGCUGCCUGCCGAACCAGUCAAGCCUCUUACCCACCAAGAGUACGUCGCUCAGCGCAUCGAAAAGGAGCACAUCCCGCCAGGAUUCGUCUCGCUGAACGACAAGCGGUACCUCCUCAGACCCGAAGCCAUCGAAUCAGUCUGGUACAUGUACCGCAUCACGGGCGACCCGAUCUGGCAGGAAAAAGGCUGGCGCAUGUUUGAGGCCAUCAUCCGCGCGACACGGACGGACGUCGGCCACAGCGCCAUCCACGACGUCUCAGUCUCUUCCUCGUCCUCGUUGGUGUCGAAUACUACUGAUGGUGGUGAUGGGCCAAUCAUCCUCGAGGACAGCAUGGAGAGCUUCUGGCUGGCCGAGACGCUCAAGUACUUUUACCUGCUCUUUGCGACGCCCGACGUCAUUUCGCUGGAUGAAUGGGUGCUGAAUACCGAGGCGCAUCCGUUCAGGCGGCCGACGUAGCAUGGCAGGAUGGGUCUUUUGAUUAGCAUGCGGUGGUUUGGACGGUGUUUGGCGUUCUGUGUGUGUUGAUCUUGUACCGGGAUAUGCAUACAUUGCUGACGCCAGACAGUUCAGUCGUUGGAUAAAUACUUUUGGAAAUUGUAGUUGUUUAGUUGUAAUCAUGAAUAUCGAAAUCUGCAGUAUCGGAUUGCCAAGCUAGCAAC